CUGAUUUGCGGGACAAGUUCGAGAUGUCAACAAACACGGACACGACUCGCUUAUCCACAAUCAAGACCCCGAUCGCGACUACCUCACGUGAUAUCAACAAAAUUCAAACCACCAUCGCGCUAACCUACUUUACUCUUAGCUCGUGUCCGAGAAAAAGUUCAGGGCAUCCCAGCCCUAUCUUCGCUUCCGCCUGCAAAUCCGCGUUUUGAGGCAAGUGAAGUCAACGACGACGAUACUUUGCACGACUUUUCGACAAUCGCGACAAUCCACCAAACGCAAAAAUGGCCACCGAAUUGACCGUCCAGUCCGAGCGCGCUUUCCAGAAGCAGCCGCAUAUCUUCCUUAACUCCAAGGUCAAGGCCAAGUCGGCGAGAGCUGGCAAGGGAGGACGCAGAUGGUAUAAGGAUGUUGGUCUUGGGUUCAGAACCCCAAAGAACGCCAUUGAGGGAACCUAUAUUGACAAGAAGUGCCCAUUCGUCGGCCAAGUCUCCAUCCGUGGCCGUAUCCUCACCGGAACUGUCGUCUCCACCAAGAUGCACAGAACCCUCAUCAUCCGCCGCGAGUACCUCCACUUCGUCCCCAAGUACGCCCGUUACGAGAAGCGCCACAAGAACCUCGCUGCGCACGUUUCGCCAGCUUUCCGUGUUGAGGAGGGUGACCAGGUCACCGUCGGCCAAUGCCGCCCAUUGAGCAAGACUGUAAGUUUAAAACAAAACCCAUCGGAUAAACAGAUCUAUGAUCUUUGGAAACGAAACGCGAUUUACACCCGCGCCCUCUACUUGUCUUCAAGAGCAAGUAGCACUCUGGAACGGCCGGCUGAUAUGGCAAUAGGUCCGAUUCAAUGUUCUCCGCGUUCUCCCAAGAACCGGCAAGGCCGUCAAAGCUUUCUCUAAAUUCUAAGCGACUCUUUUCCUCGGGGUUCAGGCUGCAUGGGAUUGGGAUGAUCGGAACAAGGAGAGUGUCAUCAUGGGUCUUUGUUAGACUGCGAUUAGCUACGAAUACUCAACAAUGAAACACCUUCAAUUCGACUGAAGCGCCUGUGUGAUAUGAGUAUGCGGGCUAUGAAAUAUUUGCUGGUGCUAUUAACUUGUGUCGGACAGGAUACACCGACAAUAUUUACAGAUUGGGGACUGCGGAAAAGCCGACUGCGAACUUCGAAUUCGAUCUCAAAGCCAAUGGCGACAUCCUGCGACUUUAUAUUCGAAAUACGCCAUAUUGAUCGAAUUACUACGACCAGUUCGAAGCAAUCCGGACUGCCUUUGGACAACAGCACCACGAUGAAACCGGACAUGCACCGCCACUAUUUCACCAUACAAAGCCCAAUCCGCUUCCCAGCCACUUUUUUCAUUCUGUCAUAUCCCCGUUGGAAUGAUGAACCACCAUUACGUUAAC